AUGGAAUAUAAAAAACUUCUUAUUGGCAAAAACGAAGAAGAUAUAGAGAUGGCGGCAAAACGAGCAAGUGCAUAUAAUGCAUCACCAGAAUGCAAAAGUGAAUCAGAGAGGAAAAACAAUACUAAACAAUCUACUCGUCCACAAACAGGAUCAUCUCUAUUUCAUCGGAAAGCAAUAUUGCCUUUAAUUAUGAUUGUCAUUAUAAGCCUAAUAGUUAUCAUUAGUAUUACAAUAUGGAUUAUUUUCAUUAAAAAGACCGAAAUAACAACUAAUACAACUACAGCUACAACUGAUGUAUCGACAACAGAAACAAAAAUUCUCACAACGUCGACAACAAUGCUUAUAACAUGGUCAACAAAAACAUCAGUUCAUACAAUAUCAACAACAGACAAUACAAUGCUUACAACGUCGACUAAUUCUCAUACAACAACAAAGAAUGACCCAAAGUUCAACAGAUGGAAACAAAAUGCCAGCACUGUGGCUGGUGGAAAUGGAGAAGGACAACAAUUAAAUCAACUCAAUUGGCCUUCUGGAAUCUUUAUUGAUAAAAACAAAACUAUUUUCAUUGCUGAUCGUUGGAAUAAUCGUAUUGUUAAAUGGAAAUACAAUGCAACAACAGGACAAAUCAUCGCAGGUGAAUACGGUAGAGGACAACGAAUAAAUCAACUGCAUAGCCCAGCAGAUGUUAUUUUUGAUCAACAAAAUCAUUCGAUCAUCAUUGCUGAUUUUGUGAACAGACGAGUGAUUCGAUGGUUUAAUCAAAAUCAACAAAUUCUCAUCCACAAUAUUGACUGUUAUGGUUUAGCAAUGGAUAAAAAUGGAUUUCUUUAUGUUUCUGAUGAUAUAAAGAAUGAAGUGAGACGAUGGAAAAUGGGAGAAUACAACAACGAAGGAAUUGUAGUGGCAGGUGGUAAUGGAAAAGGAGAUCAACUCAAUCAACUCAGUACUCCUAGUUUUAUCUUUGUUGAUGAAGAUCAAUCUGUUUAUGUAUCAGAUCAACACAAUCAUCGGGUUAUGAAAUGGAGAAGAGAUGCAAAGGAAGGAAGAAUUGUAGCUGGAGGAAAUGCUCACGGAGAAAAUCACAAUCAAUUAUUUUAUCCUCGAGGACUAACUGUUAAUAAUUUGGGUCAAAUCUUUGUGGCAGAUAGUGAAAAUCAUCGAGUAAUGCGUUGGUAUGAAGGAAAAGAAGAAGGUGAAAUUGUUGUUGGUGGAAAUGGUCAAGGAAAUCAAACAAAUCAAUUGAAUUAUCCCCGUGGUUUAUCUUUUGAUGAUGAAGGAAACCUUUAUGUUGCUGAUUCGGGAAAUGAUCGAAUCCAAAAAUUUGAAAUUAUAUUGUGA